UUAUUUUGAAAGUUGACCGGAAGUCCGACCGUGAUCUCUUUGUUCUGGUAAUUAAACGUUUCAGUCGACUUGGUCAGACCUCCCUCCCUCUUUCUUUCUCUCUCCCUCUCUCCCUCCUCUUGUUUGGCUGUUACCUCCACCUUUGAGGCUUUUAUCGUUUCCAACACGGAGAAGUUUUGACGAACUUCAUCCGUGUCGUCGAGAUAUUUGACGCCGACGACGCGGGGCACCAACUCAAAAAGCUAACGACUGCUAAAGGUAUGAAGAGUGAAGCUGUGUGUUUCUGGGGAUGCUAAAAAGAAAAGAAAAGUUUGGAACAUCAACCCUAGUUAGUUAGUUAGCUGUGGUUAUCCUAACUAACCUAGUUAUUUCAGGCACACCUUGCUGAGUUAUUGAGACUAACCUUGGCAGCUCCCAAAGAUUGUUUAUAAAAACCAGAGACAUGUAGACGAGGAGGACGACUUAUAAAUGUGGUAAAGUCAUUCAAGGGAGUGAUGUAAGGAGGGGUCGCCCUGGUAUUUUUUUUAUGAUUAACCGGUUAAAAACACACCCACAGGUGUGUCUUUGUCACCUGAAGACUCGUGAACAAGUAGCACGACUUCACGUCUGAACUGGCAGAGCUGCCCGGACGACUCGAUCAAAAACCCGAUAUUCAAGCUCUAGUGAGGAAAGCAAUGACAGCUGUGGUGGGCAGAGCGUGGGGGUGGGCUCGCUCCUGGGGCGGCGGCGGUGCAUCGUCGGGGAAAACCACAACAGUGGUAGUUGAAGGCCAGAAGCAAGGCGGUGGAAGCGGUGGAGGCCUAAGGGGGUGGACCACAUGGAUCUGGGGAGGGUGGAGACGACAAAGUGACCAAAGUAGCACAGUGGAAGAGUUCUGGGAGGCGCAGGAGAAGCUUCAACCCAUGGAGAUUGAAGAUCUCGGUGCGGGGAAACAAGAGACGGAGGCAACUUCGGAACAAGGUUCAAGAUUGUGGAAGUAUCUCCCAACUUCUUACCUCUGGUGGCCGAGAAAGACGGACGCAAGCGGAUUAAGACGGAGGAAAGGUCGGGGCGGAGAUGUCUGGGACCGGGAUGUCGAUGGAGACUUUUCCGACUACGGUACACCUCCUCCAUCUCCAACACCUCCUUCCUCUCAGCUGACGUCCCCUUUUCGACUCUUUGCCAGCGGCUGGAAGAUGGAAAUCCUGCCGGAGCACCAUGAGAUCUGCUUCAACUUCCUCCGCCACUUGUUUGACCUGUUUGUCGUCGGCUUCCUGUGGACUGUGUCCCCUCCUGCCAAGCUGAUCUUGGAGGUGUUGGGGGUCCAGGGACCGCUGAGGCUGUGGUUUCACGGGAUGGCCAUGUUUUUUGUCUCCACAGUCGGGAUGGCGGGAUUACUCUGGUUGGUCCAGGAGUAUCUCCCUCAGUUUGCUCUGAUCUACGGCAUCAUACAAGCGUUGGUGAUCUCUGUCAGUGUUCGACAGAGCGUGAUCUUUAGCGUGGAGGAAGAAAAAGAAGAAAAGGACGAGGAGGGCAAAGAGACAGAGGAGACGAAAGACAGUAGAGAACAUACAGAAAAGCUUGUGUCUGUCAAGGACAAGAUGAAGACAAGCUAAACUCGAGAUGACGACAAGUUGCUGUCUAUUCAGGAGUCCACCUGUACGAGACCUCCACCAAGUGUUUGACAUCACAGCAGAGGGACGACACAGAGACUGUUUCACUGCGCCGCUGUGUUCCGCAGUGCGACUUAAACAUUGUGUUGCACACUCAUUACAAACUCAUAGAAGUUGUACUUUUGUCACUUUAUAUUUGACACUAUUGAUCUUGCAUUCUACAGAGAGGUUUAGUCUCACUGGUGUUAAUGUCUGUUCCUGUCAUCAGGGUCUGAAAUGCAGAAGAAUAACACUCAUUUCAUUUUGUAUCCAUGUUUUGUUGUUGUUGUUCUUGUUCUGUGACCCUUUUACUUCUGAUUUACCGCGUGACAGUCACCUGCUUUGGGACUAGGUGAUCGGUGCGUUCAUGACAUCCAAAGGCACAGCCUGAGUAAGCAGGAAAGAGGAAAGAACUGCAAACCACUGCAUUAAAAAAAAAACUCGGCAAAGGCAGCGAAGUUCAGACAAACUAGGGAAAUAUCACAGAGCCCCUGAACGUCACGUCAAAGAGGUAAGAGCUCAGACUCGCUGUGGGAUAAACCUAAAAAGUAACGUCCAAGUUUGGACCAGUUUACUUUGACGCUCGCCGUCAUCUUUCCCUCUUGAGGUACAGUCACGUUACACGUCUUACUCUGCACAAAUAUUCAUCCCAUCUUUACUUAAUCUGAAGCUCAGACAGCAGAUGAAUUCAAGCAUCCUUAAAAACACCCUUGAAUUUGUCCAUCGUUCUUUGUUGACCACUACGAUGUUAAGUUAUUCCUUCAAGAUAUUUACACUGCGAUAUGGUUCCGUUAGUCUGUGAUAGUUCUGCUUAAUAUUUAUUCAUGUUACCCAUCCCGUUCCUUUGUUUCGAAUGUGUUCGUGCCUUUUCAGUGGAGCGAAAAAUCAGAAUUUGACGAGGGAAGAAGCCUGAGAAGGAGGGAUGGGCAAGUAGCAACCAUCACACCUGACGUAGAGGUCUACACCUGUAAAUUAAGCACACACACACAUACAAGAGGAAUAUGCCAUAUUAAAGCCAUAAAAUCUCAGAUUUUGAGAGUUAUUGAAUAAAACUUAAAGAAAGUGGCUUCAGCGCUCAGCUGUGACGGUUGCUACUUGUUUAAAACAAAUCAAACAUUCACCUGAAUCUGUUUUGUACUUUAUAUAUUUUCCCUGUCUCACCUGUGAAGGAGGCACCUUCAUGACAUCACACCGAGAUUCCUCAGAUACGAGCCCCGCAGGAGCAUGUUUGCAUCAUUGUUUCUUGUUGGAUGUAUCAGUUUAGAGAUUGUAAGUACUGACACGAUGCCUGCAAAACUUUAUAAUGUGAUCUCUGUACACAGUUGUUUUUCUUGCCUUAUGUCACACUCUGUGCCAUGAUGUUGCUUGUUUGACACUUUUACAUUUCUUACGUUUUUAUGAAUGCUUAAGAUUUCCAACAAUCAUCGCCUGUGUCACCAUAACAAUGCGAUUUUUCAAAUGAAGCCAUUUAAUCUAAUUUGUGUGCACAUGAUUCGUGAUUUAGGACAAAAUUUGACUAAAAAUGUUCAAAUCCAAUUUGAAGAAAAAUGCAUAACUACUGCUAAAGUCAAAUAAAGUGAGUGACAAAGUACUUUUCAGCGUACUCCUGAGCCUAACACUGCUGUAACGACAUGAAAUUGAAUUAUCUAAUUUCCGAAUUGGCUGAAAUGAAUUAACAGCUAUAAGAUCUAUUGAGUGGAUCGAGAGGAAACGCAUUUAAAUGUAAUAUAUUAUGUCAGCACGACAUAAGAAGUAUGUGACGUGCAUUUUUCUGAAGCUUAUUUCAUAGAAAAUCUAGAAAACGAUCAAAUAACUGGCAGAUUACUCGAUGGGAAUAGAUAGUUGCAGCCCUGUAUGAAAAUGUUUUGCAGUAUUACAACUGAAAAUAACUUGUAAAUCAUCUUUGUCCUCAUCAAGUUGUUAACAGAAUUCCUGAAAGAGCUCUGAGAGUCUCUUGAUAUUAUGACAAUUCAUUAUUUUUGGUCCAGAGUCUGCCAAUUUUUUAAAAAAGUCUUUCACUUUCAUUGUUAUUUCAGCAGUGUUAUACUAACUUGGAAUUAUUUGUCAUUGUUUUCAUGUUCAGGUGUCAGUGUUGAUGCAUUUUCAAACAUAAAAAUUGGAUUUUGUUGUUUCACGUGUGCACACGAAUUAAAUUUAAAUUUCAAGGUUUCAUUUCCAAAGGGAGAACGUCUUGGGUCUUUUUGAUACGGCACCAAAUUUUUAUCAACAAUUUGAAUCCCAAGACUGCAACUCUCCUCUGUCUUUUAUCCAUUAGUUUGCUUACACGGAGCUUUUAAUCGCUGUAGUAUAAAAGCUGAUGAUCCCUGGUAAGGAAAGCUAUUUUUAUAUACACACCUAACGAGUGCAGGAUCACUGUAGCUAAGAAGAAGUCUGUCCAGCUUCCUUAAAUAAGGAGGAAGGACCUCACGACACCCGUGAUGUAAUUUUAACUCGGGAACAAGUAGUCAGACGAAGUAUCUGCUGUGAUCUAUAACUGUACAUCUAAUUUAUAGCCAUGUUGAACCCAGCGCUACACUGAAGUUAAAUGCUUCUAUACCGGCUGAAUAAAUCUGAUCCU